AUUUAAGGCCCCAUAUCGACAUGGCCAACAGGCAUCAGCACAUGGGUUUGCCUUGGUGGUUAGUGGCAAAAACUUCAGCUCCAACUCAAAUUCUGUCUCCAUCCUGUUGUAUAAAUAAACCCCAUUCCAUGAGCAUUUUCAUCAUCAACCACAACCAUUAUCUAUUCAGUUAUCAAAGGGUCUCUAAAUACCUACUUUACUUUCUUGUUUCCAAUCUUUUGGAGAGAACAAUGCUCAGUGCUAAGAAACUCAUCAAGAUGGCUAGGAAAUGGCAGAAGUUUGCAUCCAUGCAGAAGAAGAGGAUUUCACUUCCAAGAAAUGAAAAUGAUGUAGACGGUUGUAGUACAUCUUCAUCUUUUACAGCAGGUAAAGGCCAGUUUGUAGUUUAUACAACUGAUCAACGCCGCUUUGUGAUUCCAUUGGCUUAUCUGGAAAAUGAGGUCAUUUUGCAACUUUUAAACAUGUCUGAAGAAGAGUUUGGACUGCCAAGUGGAGGCCCUAUUACAUUACCAUGUGAUUCAGCAUUCAUGGACUACAUCAUUUCACUAAUCAAGAAAGGUGCAGCUGCUGGAGAUCUUCACAAAGCAUUGCUCCUCUCAGUUACUUCAUGUUGUUGUUCAAUUUCUUCUUCGCACCAACAAUGGGGAAAGCAGCAGCUCCUUGUUUAUUAGUCAUGAUCAUUAUCUUUAGUAAAUAAUAGCUCCAAACAGAUUGUAUAGCAUGUGAAAAGUAGGCACGUGAAAUUGUGUAUUACAGAUGGAAUAUAACUUUAUCUGAAUUUUGACCAGA